GGCUUCUGGAGAUAAAAUAUCCAGGCCUGGCCUUCUCAGCCCUGCGUGCAAGGUGCUGGAACAGCCCCCACCCCACCGGAACAGCAGCAUCCUCGCACCAACCUGGGUCCUGAGGGUUUCAAAGAUGCCUUUAGUAGUACUGGUAUGUAAGCCAGUCAGCAGUGUUAUUUCAGAAGGACAUUGUGUUCCGCACACAAGCAAUUUGCAGUCUGAGACAUGUUCUGCUGAUGCUAAAAACACUUUUAGUUUCUGGCUUGGAGCACCAAGUCCCCCUUCUCCUCCCCUGCAGUAAUCUGGUUUACCUGCCUCCAUUGCUUUCUAAACACCAACCCUUUUCAGAGGCUGUCUUUGGGCAGCCCAUUCUCACACCAGGCCCCCGUCACCCACUCAGCUUCCUUGCUCACACCCAGAAACAGGAAGGAUUAUUUAUGGUUUCUAAGAAAAGCCCUUGUUUACUGGAAGAAGAAAAUCAGACUGUCCUCCAAGGGAGGGGCUCCAAAUGGCUUGUAUUCUUUCCUGAUGAAGUCAACAAAAACAAAUGACAUAAAUGAAUUUCUCAAAGAAUUAAUUGUGAUAUACUGUAUUCUCAGUAAGCUCUUCUACUUUAAUUCAGGUAAGUCCUGAUAGAGUAAAUGGACAGUGGGAACUGGAGAAGGAAAAUAAAUCAGCUUUCCUGAGGAGGAGUGGAAUAUUUCCUAAGGGGAGGGGAAUAUUUGUGGUGGCCCUCGAAGGUUGAAGAGGAGUUUACCAGGUUAAAGAAAGGAGGAAGAGAGCUAUUAUAUGCUUGGUGCUUACAGCAAGGGCCUGACUCUCUCUAGAGAUUUCCUGAAUGAUCCCAUGUUGCCAUGACCCCAACACUUCUGCAUCCCCAGGAUUUAAGAAGCAGUUUCAGGGGAGCUCAGAGUGUAAAGAAAUGGAGAGAGGAGAGGGCUAAGACACAUGUGGUCCACACGGGGCCUGUAAUCCCAGAUGCUCUCUUGUAGAACCAGGAUUCUAGGCCCUGUCCCCAGCCUAGAGGAAGGCCUGGCCAUUGAUGCUGUGAUUCCUGCAGGUACAAAUGAAACGGUUAAAGGAACACAAGGGAAGGGACAAAAGAAGGACAAGGCAAGGUAGAGUAAGCAGGGGAAGUCAAGGUAAGCCUGCUUUGAUGAAGAUCUCAGGCCAUGAUUCACAGUGGGAACAAGGGACAGAACUUCUCCAAGGUCUAACAUUUGAGCUCACACUUCCUCCCUCUGGGAUUUCCAAAGCCCAAUGGCUCUUAUCAAAACCUCUUUAACAAUAGAAGGCAAGAAUAAUAUUUUUAUUUCUUCCAACAAAAAGUCCGAGUUUACAGCUCCUAGAUGUAUUCCAAGAACCAAUUCUUAGGAAACUGGAUGAAGAUAUAAAUCUUCACAGUUCCUGGAUCAGCCCAAGAUUCUUUUCCACGUAAGUAAACUGCAAGGACUCCACCCUCCCUGCCUCCUUCCUCCCUUUCUCUGUGCUGAGCCAGGCCUCACUUUGGCAUGCAACCUCCUCAGUGUAGAGGCUGCUGGAAAGAAAGCCAUGUUAGGGGACCAGGGCUCUUGUCCCACCCCUGGAAACUUCCAAGUUACUCCUUCAGGAAGCUGCAACCAGUCCCAGGGGCUGGGCCUCAACUUCCCCAUCUAGAAAGGAGAGGUUAUAUUAGAUCUUUUGUAGAAAAAACAACUGUAUACAUAUUUUUAGUGAGGUCAGUUAAAAUAUUACCCAAGGAACUAAAAAUGAAUUUUAAGGCUGUAGGCAGACAUAAUUUCUGUAAGUCUCUAUACUGCUCCAAGCUUAAAAGUGGAGAAAGAGCAGGGAGGAGGGUGGUGGACUUCUGCAGCCCGGUCCCCACCGCACCCCCUUCCCUCCCAUCGUCGGCUUUCAGCAAAGGGAGUGUGCCUCACCCUUGUCACCCGUCUCCUGAACUGAAGGGUGGCACCAGUCAGUGCCUCCAAUGCUAAGGAGGCAAAAGAGGGGUGGGGGUUGAGGAGGGGAGGUUGGCCAAGGAGGAGAGGUCCUUGCCCGGCUUUGGAACCCUGCUCCGCUCUCUCUGGAGAACAGACCCCUCCAGGAGGAGACAUGAAGGAGGACAGCAGCCAGCAUGGUGUCCAGUGCGACUUACCAUGAGGGGGAUUGCUGGUAUCUCCAGGGAGCCCAACAACCUCACGUGGGGCUGCCUGUGAAAGAGGACACUCCCAGCAGGAGCCCUAUUUGCUCUCCCUACAUUUUCCUGAAGCCGUGGGACAGCACGUCAAGGCCCAGCAGACUGACAGGGACCAGAUCACAACUACUGGUGGAACCGCUGCAGGGAUUCAAGAAGAGGAAGACGCGCCCCAACCUUCCUGUUCUGAAACCGGAGAUAAGAAUAGCAGAUGAAAAUUGCAUUUCUAGAUUUCCUACCUGCUGAUCUCCUUGAAGGAGGGGAAAUGGAAGCUAUCCAGCCAGAUGGAAGACUGCCAACAUCUUUCCAGUGAAAUCCUUGCCCCACCCUUGCACCAGGCUCUUUGUCAGGAUUUCUCUGGACCUAGUCAGCCACUGGCCAGUACGUGGAUGCCUGAGGGGUAGUGGGUGUGAGCAGCUCUUUAGGAGAGUCAGGAAGAGGAGGAGCUGGGGAGAGGUCAACUGUGGGCUUCACCCACAAGCUGCUGUACAGACCAUAGCCUCUCUGGGACCUGUGGUCUAGAAGAUAGGAGAAAGGGUGAGCAGGCCAGAAGACCCAGCCUAGCCAGACUUUGAAAGCCACAGAGGCACCAUGACUACCGAGGAGGACACCAAAUGGCUUCAGUGGGUGACGCACCAGUUUGAGACCAUUGCGGGGGAAGACCGGGAAAUCGACCUGCAAGAAUUCAAAGCAGCCCUCAAUGUGAAAGAGCCCUUCUUUGCCGAGAGGUUCUUCACUCUGUUUGACUCGGAUGGAAGUGGCACCAUCACCCUCCAGGAGCUGCUGGAGGCGCUGACCCUGCUCAUCCACGGCAACCCCAUGGACAAACUCAAAUUCCUCUUCCAGGUGUACGACGUCGACGGCAGCGGGUCCAUCGACGUGGAUGAGCUGCGCACCGUGCUGCAGUCAUGCAUGCGCGAGAGCGCCAUCUCGCUGCCGGACGAGAAGCUGGACCAGCUGACGCUGGCGCUCUUCGAGUCUGCCGACAAAGACUGCAACGGCGCCAUCACCUUCGACGAGCUCCGGGACGAGCUGCAGCGCUUCCCCGGGGUCAUGGAGAACCUGACCAUCAGCGCCGCCCACUGGCUGACGCCCCCCGCAGCCCAGCCGCGCCGGCGGCGUCCCCGCCUUCUGACCUCCGCCUACUGGCACAACCACCGCAGCCACCUGCUCUGCCUGACCGCCUACGCGGUCCUCCACGUGUUGCUCUUCGCGCUGGCGGCCAGCGCGCACCGGGCCCACGGCCCCAUCGUCAUGGUGGCCAAGGGCUGCGGCCACUGCCUCAACUUCGACUGCAGCUUCAUCGCGGUGCUGAUGCUGAGGCGGUGCCUGACAUGGCUGCGGGCUACCUGGCUGGCUCAGGUCCUGCCACUGGACCGGAACAUCCAGUUCCACCAGCUUAUGGGCUACGUGGUGGUUGUGCUCUCCCUGGUGCACACUGAGGCUCACGUUGUGAACUUCGCGCUUCAGGCUCAGUCCAAGGACAGCCCCUUCCGGUUCUGGGAGCUGCUGCUCACCACCAGGCCUGGCAUUGGCUGGGUCUAUGGCUCAGCCUCCCCGACUGGUGUGGCUCUGCUGCUGCUGCUGGUCCUCAUGUUUGCCUGCUCCAGCUCCUGCAUCCGGAGGAGUGGCCACUUUGAGGUGUUCUACUGGACCCAUCUGUCUUACCUCCCCAUGUGGAUUCUGCUCAUUUUGCACGGGCCCAACUUCUGGAAGUGGCUGCUGGUCCCUGGCAUCCUGUUCUUCCUAGAGAAGAUCAUCGGGCUAGCAGUAUCCCACAUGGGAGCCCUUUGCAUCGUGGAAGUCAAUCUCCUUCCCUCCAAGGUCACCCAUCUCCUCAUUGAGAGGCCCCCUCUCUUCCACUACAAGCCAGGCGACUACUUGUACCUGAACGUCCCUAGCAUCGCACGCUACGAGUGGCAUCCUUUCACCAUCAGCAGCGCUCCAGAGCAGAAAGACACCAUCUGGCUACAUGUCAGGUCCGAAGGCCAGUGGACAAACAGGCUAUAUGAAUCGUUCAAGAUGUUGUGCCCCAUGGACUGUGGCUCUGGACACCUGUCAAGGAGUCUGAGGAGGAGAAGGAGCCAGAGGGAGCCCCAGAGCUUGCCCAGCCAGCCCAUGCAUUCGGGAACCUCGGCACAGGGAGCAGUGGCCUUCAGCAGGGACGUCACUGUGGAGCUGACCUCCUACAGGCCCAAGGGAACUCCACAGCAGGGAGACCAAGGCCUGGUCUCUGAGAUGUCCUCUGAGAACCACCUGCUUUGUAACAUCAAGUGCUACAUCAGCGGCCCCUACGGAACCCCCACCCGCAGGAUCUUUGUCUCUGAGCAUGCGGUACUCAUCGGGGCGGGCAUCGGCAUCACCCCUUUUGCCUCUAUCCUACAGAGCAUCAUGUACCGGCACCAGAAGAGGAAGCACAUUUGCCCCAGCUGCCAGCACUCCUGGAUGGAUAGCAUCCAGGAUGAGGACAUGAAGCUCCGCAAGGUGGACUUCAUCUGGAUCAACCGAGACCAGCGGUCUUUUGAGUGGUUUGUGAGCCUGCUGACCAAGCUGGAGAUGGACCAGGCCGAGAUGACACAAGAGGACCCCUUCCUGGAGCUGCACAUGUAUAUGACCUCUGCACUGGGCAAGAAUGACAUGAAGGCCAUUGGCCUGCAGAUGGCCCUCGACCUCCUGGCCAAGAAGGAGAAGAAGGACUCCAUCACAGGCCUCCAGACACGCACUCAGCCUGGGCGUCCUGACUGGAACAAGGUGUUCCAGAAGGUGGCUGCUGAGAAGAAGGGCAAGGUGCAGGUCUUCUUCUGUGGCUCCCCAGCCCUGGCCAAGGUGCUCAAGGGCCACUGUGAGCAGUUCAGCUUCAAAUUCUUCCAGGAGAACUUUUAGCCUCAUCUCUCACAGUUCUGCCCAACUCACACUGCCAGCCAGCUUGACCAUAUUGCUCCCAUGCCCCACAGAGACCAGCCUCAGAGGACCUACCUUGUCCCACUCCACCCCCAGAGCAGGAGCGCCUGGGGCAGAUGGACUUCCUUCAAGACCCCGGGAAAAGUGCGGUGCAUUCCCGGAUUGCUGAGAAACUGACCAGGCCAGAGGCCAGCGGCUCCAGAAGGAAGUGCAGAGGGGGCUUCCCAGGCCACUACCCCUCCAAAAGUCCUCUGAGGGAGGCUUCCCCUACAACAGUGGUCCCACACCUGCUUAAUCACCACAAUCAUUCAGGAUUUUAUCCCGACAUUUUCUUAUGAAAAUUUUCAAACAUAAAGGUAACUAAAAGAAUUGUACAGUGGACGGUUACCCAGUUGCCGGAUUCCUCUGUUAGCGUUUUGCUAUAUUUGCUUUUCUGCAUAUUUUCCAUCUAUCCCUCUCUCUAUCCAUCAGUGCCCCUUGUUUUUCUGAUGCAUUUUAGAGCAUGUUUUGUCACUCCCUGCAGUGGAGAAGUUAACUAAGAGGGUGUCCUGACUUAGGGCUGGGGUAUGCAUUGGGAAUGCGCCAAAGUCAUUUGGAAAGUUGGCAGAGCGGAGUCCGUUUAGCAUAGGACUUCUCUGUCUCUCUGUCUGUCUCCUUCUCUCUGUUCGCCUAGAAUUUUGUAUCACGCAGACAGUGGGAGCAGACAGAGGAACUUGAAUACAGAUUCUAAAAUCCAUUUAAGGGUCCACAUGUUUGACUUAGGAUCACACGAGUCCUAAGGCUUUCUCGCCAGACAUACUCCAGGUAGCCACUGGAGGGCGCUGCGGAAUCAGAGAUCUUGGAGGUUUUGCUUGCUGGGAGGGAGACCGGUUCCAGAGCUGCAGUGAACCCAAGACCCGCCAGAGCAGACUGUGCCCCACCCUGAAGCCCUGGCUCUAGGCAACACCUCGAGGCCCAGAGGUGGGUGGAUCUGUGAAGUCAAGAGUAUUCGUUUUCAAGAUCAGAGUCCUCUAGCUGCCGUUCCCUAACAGCCCCUCACAGAUGCACAUACAGACCCUCUCCCUACCAUGCACCCCCCCAUCCCUCCCUCCCUGGAGCCACUGUCCAGGUUCUGCGGCUUCCCAAGUUUCCAUCUAUAAGGUCAGCAUAGGCCUGGCUGAGCAUAGGUCCAGGCUCUGCCCUGGGGGUCUGCCACCUCCUAUCAUUGGAGGUGCAGGAUCAAAUGUGGGGUCUGUCCAUCUGGAUAUUGCCUGGAUGUCCAGAUGGGGGCCCUCCCACCAUCAACAAGAAACAAACGCAUCCGUAUGGCUGACUGACUUUCCUCCUUAGACAUUUGUGGGUCUAAGAGGGCUAAGGAGGGCACACAGAAAAGGAACAGAAGGAACACAGGCUAACUACAGAUAAAAGGUGCAUUAGGUGAGUGUGAGCUUCCCGCACUGUCAGCUCCCCACAGCCAGGCCUGCAGCCCCAGAAUCUAGCACAGAGGGAGCGGCAGUAGGCCUACCCCGCAUGUUGACUCCCACAAGGCACAGGUCCUACUUAACUGGAAUGAUCCUUGGGAAGGAAAGGUCCUCUGCACCUAGCCGUCAUUUUAAUCUGGGAAACCAAGGCGUGAACUCGAGCCCACUGAAGGAAUCCCUUGGCCAGGCUCCACGAGGCUGCUCUGCUCUGAGGACAGCUCUGACAGAGACAGCAGGUGCUCCUGUAGCCCUGAGUCAGGCCCACCCAGACCAACAACAC